AUGGAAGAAAGCUCGAGCUCCAGCAACUCGAGCAGCUCGAGUAGCUCUUCGUCUCGGCCUGCCAAGAAGCCCCGUCGUGCAGAGCAACCUGAACGACGCCUGACGCGACGCCUCUGGCACGGAGUCUGGGCCACUCCCUCUCAGGAUGGACUGCGAAGACCUUCUGAAGUGUCCAAAAGCGACUUUGCUGCGAUCUUGGGGCGGCUUCUUCGGGAAACGCUGGGUAUCAUGCUGAUGAAAUACAGCAUCUUCCAAGAAGAGCAUGCGAGCGGUGAGCGCCACUACCAUUUUCCGGUGCUUUCAGAUCGUCCGGUCAGUUCGCUUGGCCUCGAGAAGGCUCUCCGACAGGAGCGGAUCUACGCGCAUUUUUCUUCAGCGCACGAGUAUUAUUUUGGUGUCAUAUUGUAUUUGUCGGUUCCAACGGAGAAGAAGCCGACUGUAGAUCGGGAGCCGUUCUUAUCUGAUGAGCACGAGAGCAUUCACGACAUAUUGGCAAACCCUCCGCGCGGAGCGCGGAGGUGCGACAAAGACCGGGCGCUGGCAUUUGUCGGCAAACCCACUUCAGCUGCGAGUGCCAUGAUGUCCCACCACGCCUUCGCGAAGUGGGUGGUGGAGUCCAAGCUCCACUCGCGAAAGGCUGUGCUGGCUGCGGCGAAAAGCAACGAAAGCGUUUUCCAGUACGUGUGCAGAUACCAAAGCGACUUGGAGCAAAAGAUACGCUUCGCUUGGGAAAUUCAUGAUGCGCCAGACGAGGUGGCACAUGAUGCCAUGUCCAAUUGGGACUGUGUGCUGGCAGCUCGCGAGAAGCCCUGUGUCUGCCACGGCCGCUGGGUGCCGCUCACAGAAGAAAUGCUGCGCAAGCAAGAAGUUGCGUUCCGUGGAGAUGUUCUGCAAGAAAAGCCGUCUGUGGCAGGAAUGCGUGCCGCGCACGUGAAGUGUCUGACGGAAGGGUUCGGUGCUGAAUGCUACGUGAAGCCUGUGGGCGUGGCAAAUUCCUUUCCAUUGCAGUCCAUCUUCGACAAGCGCAUCAUGGUUCUGCAAGACCUGCGCGUAGACUCCUUGAAGCUCUCCUUUGAUGCUCUCCUCGUCCUUCUUGAAGGACAGGCUUUGGAAGUUCCUCUCCCUCGCAAUCACUUUGCUGCCAAUAAAGUCUACACUGGAACAGCUGGAUGCUUUGCUACAUCCGGCAACAAACUGCGGAUUCCACACUGCGAGGCCGUGAAGUUGAAUGUGCUUCCGGCGGAACAAGAUGCAAUGAUGGAUGCUCGCUGGCAGUAUUUUCGCUUUGACCACGCUUUUUCGGCUGCGGACAUCGAAAAGAUUGAAGCGUGCGCUUCAUGUUAUGCGAAUUGGGUCUCUGCCGGGCUGCCAGCAGUGCAGCGAGAGCUAGGAGACGAGCCGCCUGAGGAGGAUGAGGAUGAGGAUCUGCGCUGGGGGCUGUGA